GUGACAUCACAGUCACGGACCUGCCUCUUUAUCUGAUGUCACCUUGGGUCGUAGUACUCUUCGUGCUGAUUACCAGUUUUUGGGUUUUGCGGCAUCCUGGCUUUUGAUGCAUGACAAUAAUUUUAGAGGAUGGUGUGUGGUUUGCUGUGCUUGACUUGGGAUAGAUAAACAUAAGACUGAAUUAACGAAGGAGACUGAGAAGUCAGAGGAAACUGUGAAUCUGAGCAGAAUGGACGACAGGGCUGAUUUUUACGUUGAUCAGUCCAAGCUACCUGGAGUAAGAGAAGUAUGCCGUGACUUUGCUGUUCUGGAAGAUCACACCCUUGCUCACAAUCUCCAGGAACAAGAAAUUGAACAUCAUCUGGCAACGAAUGUUCACCGUCACCGACUGGUACAACAUGACCUGAAAGUUGCAAAGAAACUUCAAGAGGAGGAAGAUGUAAAGGCAUGGACUGAAAGACAGAAGAAGAAGAAGAAAGACCUCGAGCGCCAUGACAAUGAAGUGGCGCAUGUUUUUCAGGAAGAACUCGUAAUACAGGCACAGCAGAGACGCUGGCAGGAGGAAAAGGAUGAGAGCGUGGCACGCAAGCUGCAGCAGAAGGAACUCAAGGAAGAGAAGAGGAGGAACAAACACAAAGACAUUACUGGUCAUGUCCCAUAUGAAGACUCCUGCAGUGAUCCAUAUGGAGAUAUUUUGAGGGGUGGGCAUCCACAACACACCUCAGACAAUGCCUGCGAAAGAUCACGACAUAACAGAUCUCAGGAGCUGAGCUCAAAAUCAAAGUCAAAACACACUGUUUCCCAUUCUCAGUUCUUCGUGGAUAACUGUGACAAAAUAGUUGAGCAUUCUAAGCGGACACCACAUGAAACAGCCAGUUACUAUGAAGAAGAGCGAGAAAUGCAGAGGCAUAAACGGGGUGAUGAACAUGAAAAGUCAAAGAGGGAGAGGCCUCCUCGACCUCCACCUCCAGAUUUCAGUAAAGACUUUGGUAAAAGUGCUGGACAGAGAAAUAAGGAGAACAGUGAGGACAACUGGGCUAACCUGGACAGGCCCAGAUCUAGAUCUUGUGAUGACUAUGACAGAACUAGUUCACACAAAGGCAUGCUUUCUCAUAUGGGUAAUGAAGGAGUUAAUACAUGGGACUACAGGCAAACUGAUAUGUCUGAUCCUGUUAAAGAUGAAUCUAGGCCUGCAGCUUCCUGGAAGAACACAGAAGGGGACAGACAUCUCCACAGCCACAACAGAGAAAUAGGAGUGAAACAAAGAGGGUUGAGAGAUGUGUCGCAUGGAGUAGCGCAGUUGUCUGUGCGAGACCAGAAGUUGAAGGAUGCUGACAUAGCCAGGAGGUUGCAAGAAGAAGAGCUGAUGAUGAACAAGAUUGUUCGAUUUGAUAGCAAGACAGCACAAAUGGCCCAAGAUGAGGAAAUUGCGCGUUUCCUGAUGGAAGAGGAGAACCGUGAAUUCAGAAAGGACAAGGAUAAAAAUAAAAUGUCCUUUGAAAAGAGGAGACAAGACAAAAAGCAUGAGCAGAGCAACUUAGUCCAUGCGUGUGCAAAGGAGAGUUACGAAUCCAGUAGCUCUAGAACUGAACCUUCAUCGAGGUCUCCUGUUCUUGGGCAACAAUUUGAAUCACCUGUCAGGCUAUCACCUGUAUACAGCUCCCCACGCCGCGCCAUUCCACGACCAGAAUAUGUUCACAAAGGUUCCUAAAUGCUCCUGAUCAAUGACUUGACAUUCUACCAGAAAUUUUGAAGAUGGCCAUGGAAUAUAAAGGGAUUUUUUGUUUUGGUUUUAAAUCAUUUUUCUUUUAUCUGUUACCUCCUUUGUUUGCUUUUAUUUAAAAAAAAGAAGAUUAUUCCUUGUCUUUUAAUGGUGAAGUAGUGCAAAGAGUUUGGCUAGCAGAAUUAGAAAUCCCCAUGUUAGUUAUUAAUGUACUGUUGGACAACUGAUGCCUUAUUCAUGUAGAACAUAUUCUUCUAGACUCUAGUUAUCCACAGGUGUCCCAUUUACCUUGUUGCUGAAGGAAAGUGCUUCUGAGUUGUUGCAUGUGGUGCACUUUUUCAGUUGAUUUUGAAGCCAAAGUUGUACUUCAGUCUCUUCCUAUACUUUAAGCGAAAAUAGUAAACUACAGAAAGGUGAUCUUCAGAAUUAAAUACGAGCGCUCUCCAUAUUCAGCCAAUUUGUACAAGUAACGUUUCCCACAUAUUUAUUUAUUUGUAACAGAUAUGCACAUCUGUGCUUAUUGACAAAACCUGUUUUGGAAUUAAAAAUGUGUAGAUUCAGUUAGUAAAUAUUGAAAUUAGUAUGGAAUCCAGAAGGGGCAUACUGGAAGCAGUGUUUCUGAGCACCAGGGCAGUAACGAAUGUAAAAUAUUUCAUGACUUUUCUUUAAAUUGCAUUCCUUUUCAGAUUUUAUUUUUGUAUUAUUUUUGUAUAUAUUCUUUUAUGAUAGAGGUAAUGUUUGAUGCAUUGAUAUACCUCUGGGAUAACCUGUUUUGGUUUGCAAUGAAAUAGUUUAGCUUUGCCUUACCAUUUAAAUCAUAUCAGGUUACCUUUUCAUGCAGUCAGCAGUGCCAUUAAUUAGUUUUUUCAUUAUUAAAAUCAAGCGGAAAUAAAAACAUGUACAACUUGAAAGUAUGUUAGCUGUAUAGUGACGUGUUUAAAACUGAGAUGUUAAAGAUGAAAGUAGCAAAGCAUUGUGCUUGGUGUAAACACUGCAGUUGAGUUCUGCUUUCAUCACUGUAGAACCCUGCUGAUUGAGCUUUGUUUUCAAAGGUGUAGAACUGUUUUCCAACAGUUAUUUGCAUUUUUAUUUUCAUUAGACUUUUCUUGAUUAUGACUUAGGUGAUUAAAAGGCAUUUUUGUACCAAA